CUGAUGGUGCCCACUCUUGCCCAGUUCUGCCCCUGGUUCAAGGCUUACCUCAGCCACCACCUCUUUCAGAAGUCGUCUCUGCGAUUCUUUGACCCAACCCAAAAUGGAGUUAAUCCUGACUGGGAGAAGAAAGUAAUCGAGUAUUUUAAGGAAAAGCUGAAGGAAAAUAAUGCUCCUAAAUGGGUACCGUCAUUGAACGAAGUUCCCCUUCAUUAUUUGAAACCCAACAGUUUCGUGAAAUUUCGUUGCAUGAUUCAAGAUAUGUUUGACCCUGAGUUUUAUAUGGGAGUUUAUGAGACGGUUAACCGAAAUACGAAAGCACGUGUUCUUCAUUUUGGAAAAUACCGAGAUGUAGCAGAGUGUGGGCCUCAGCAAGAAGUUGAUUUAAACUCUCCACGAACUACCACUUUGGAAAGACAGACUUUCUAUUGUGUUCCAGUGCCUGGGGAGUCUACGUGGGUAAAAGAAGCCUAUGUUAAUGCAAGCCAAGCUCGGGUCAGUCCCUCGACAUCCUACACUCCCAGUCGUCAUAAGAGGAGUUACGAAGAUGAUGAAGACAUGGACCUACAGCCCAGUAAACAGAAAGAGCAGCACGCAGGAGCCAGACAAGCAGGGAGCGUUGGCGGUCUUCAGUGGUGUGGAGAGCCAAAACGUUUAGAAACCGAAGCUUCCACUGGACAACAGCUCAACUUCCUGAACCUGUCUUCUCCUUUUGAUUUGAAUUUCCCCCUGCCGGGAGAGAAGGGCCCUGCAUGCCUUGUGAAGGUCUAUGAGGAUUGGGAUUGUUUCAAAGUAAAUGAUGUUCUUGAGUUAUAUGGCAUACUGUCUGUGGAUCCCGUGCUAAGUAUACUGAAUAAUGAUGAAAGGGAUGCUUCUUCACUCCUGGAUCCGAUGGAAUGCACAGACACCACAGAAGAGCAGAGAGUCCAUAGCCCUCCUGCCUCCUUAGUGCCAAGAAUUCAUGUGAUUUUAGCCCAGAAGUUGCAGCACAUCAAUCCAUUGUUGCCUGCUUGCCUGAACAAAGAGGAGAGCAAAACCUUUGUCUCAGGCUUCAUGUCCGAAUUGUCUCCAGUCAGAGCAGAGCUGCUUGGGUUCCUCACUCAUGCCCUCUUGGGAGACAGUUUGGCUGCUGAAUACCUUAUACUACAUCUCAUCUCUACAGUAUACACAAGAAGAGAUGUUCUUCCACUAGGAAAAUUCACACUUAACUUGAGUGGUUGCCCACGGAGUAGUACCUUCACAGAGCACUUAUAUCGGAUUAUUCAGCAUCUUGUUCCAGCAUCUUUUCGUCUACAGAUGACUAUAGAGAACAUGAACCAUUUGAAAUUCAUUCCCCACAAAGAUUACACUGCCAAUCGCUUGAUCAGUGGACUUCUCCAGCUGCCCAACAAUACUUCUUUUGUAAUUGAUGAAAGUCUUCUGGAGCAAGGGCAGCUGGACACACCAGGCGUUCAUAAUGUGACUGCUCUGAGCAACCUGAUAACUUGGCAGAAGGUGGAUUAUGACUUCAGUUACCACCACAUGGAAUUCCCCUGCAGUAUCAAUGUUUUAAUCACUUCAGAGGGGAGAUCUCUCCUCCCGGCAGACUGCCAGAUGCACUUACAACCGCAGAUAAUUCCACCAAACAUGGAGGAGUACAUGAAUAGCCUUCUCUCAGCGGUGCUGCCUUCUGUGCUGAAUAAAUUCCGGAUUUAUCUGACCCUUUUGAGAUUCCUAGAUUAUAGCAUAUCUGAUGAAAUAACCAAGGCAGUUGAAGAUGACUUUGUGGAAAUGCGCAAGAACGAUCCCCAGAGCAUCACUGCUGAUGAUCUCCACCAGCUGCUCGUCGUUGCUCGGUUUCUGUCUCUCAGUGCUGGUCAGACAACGCUGUCACGAGAACGAUGGCUAAGAGCAAAGCAGCUAGAGUCUUUAAGAAGAACCAGGCUUCAACAGCAGAAAUGCGUGAAUGGAAAUGAACUUUAAAGAUGAUACCUAUGAAAAGUAAUGUGCAAAUUAUAGCCACAUUACUGUAAAAUUCAAAUAUCAUUUAUACCACAUUGUUUUGUAGAUAAUUUGUAUUAAAAACCAAUGACUUCCUGAAAUCAAGCCUGGUAACAUCUUAAGUUUAUAUAAUGUCCAGUAAGAGUUUUUACCUUGCUGAUUUUAUGGAGCUUUUGAAGUUUGUUUUAUAAUUAAUUAGUAAUGAUGUACAAAAAUGUAUUUGAUAUUAAAGUUUAAUAUUGACAAUGUUGCAGAUGACACCAUUUUCUUAGCUUCAGUUUAAGUUACAGGCGACUGUUAAAAUGCUAAUGUUAGCUUCAUUUGAAGAAAAUUGUUGUGAUUUCAGAGUCAGAGGAAUUGCUCACUUCAGAUUUCUGUCUUUCCAGUUAACAGUGGUUCUGAGUGUUCAGUGGUCAAAGUGUGGGAUAUGGGGUGUACUUGCCAUUGAUUCACACUAGUGUGAUUCACACGAGUAUAGUUAAGGCCAUGAGAAAUUCUGUAGUAUCACUUCCCAAAUGUUUGACCAUAGAAGCUUUUUUCUACAUAACAGCUGUUUAACAGCAAGCAAAAUAGUCUUUUAUACUGCAGUGGUUCCCAGACUUUGGAUUUCAUGGACCAGUAAUAUUUCCAAAACUUUUUUGGACAAGGCUGCCAAUUUGUUUUGCCGAGUAAUGUGAAAUAAAUCACUGUGUAUUAUCACUUUUUUUCAUAAAAGGACAAUCUCAGAAUAAGAUAGUGCUUUAAAUGGAAUAAAUGUAGCUUUUGGGGGGGAAAAAAACAUUGUCCUUAAAACAUUGUCCUUUUUUCCUCAUUUUACCCGGUGCAUUUGGGAACCACUCACUUAAGGGAGUGCUGUCAACUUAAAACAAAACAAAACAAAACAAAAAACCCUCUUUACAAAAAAUGGUUUUUAAUUAUUUUACUAAUGUCAUUUAGUUGCUUUGGUGAUUGUAUUAAUUUUGAAUUUUGUACCUAAGUUUAGUUCCAGAUGUAUUAGAUCAAGUGACAUUAUCUGCUAGUUCAGUAAUAGCCUGAGACAACUGAAGGUAGGUUUGCCCCAGACCAAUUAACAGUUUUAAUAUAAGUUUUCAAAAGAACAAAAAUAUCAUCACCCGUCGCUAGAAAGCAAAUUAGUAAUACUCUAGAGUAUAAUUGUGGCAACAAGAAUCUUUGGAAAGGUUAGAACAUUACUUUUCCUACGGUAUCAACUGUAUAUAUAAACGUCUUUUAAUCAGUAAUUCCUUAGUUGAAAACAUUAGAAAUCAAUUCAAUGAUUCCUUAAAUUUUUCCCGGAAGGCCUAAACUGACACUGCUAACCAAGGAAACAGGGUCGGCCUUGAAAACCAAGGAACUUGUUACGCCUCAUGGACCGAAAUGAAGAUUACUAAUUGUUUAACAACAUUGUUGACUUUUCCUAAACUCAAAUCUAUUUUUAUAAACAAAUGUAAAUAAUCUGUUUAUAUUUAGAAUUCUAACUGGUUUUCAUUUUUAUAACUGGUAGACUAGACCUUAAACUUUUAGAAAUAAAAUGAUGGCUCAACUGGAUUUGUGAGAAAAUUCAUUUUCUAUAACUGGCCUAGAGUAGAUUAGUUACCAAUGUGUUUAUUGUGCCAAUGUGAACUGUAAUUUACCAAAGAGAAGUACAUAAUUUGCUUGGUGUUGCAGAAAAGUUCCCUUGGAAGGAGAACUGGUUCCUCUUUCAAAUAAAUAAAACUUCCCAAAUUA